AUGGGGGCAUACACCGCUGUUAUUUCUCAUGCUCAACAAUUGGAAUCCCGGUCUGAUCAGAUUCAGGUUUUCCCAGACAUUGAUACUUGGAAAAUCCUCAUCACUUGUCACUCUAGAAAAUGUAAGAUGGCUUCAGCUUUCUCUUUAUUCUAUAAACUCAUCAAGUCCGGUCAUCAUCCUAGUACUUCCACCUUGAAUGAUCUUUUCCAUGGUCUUUUUCUCCAAGGUGGGAUGCACAAAGUAUUUCCCUUUUAUAAUGAUGUCUUAUUAAAGGGUUUUAAGUUAGACGAGACUAGUUAUUAUUUUCUAAUCAGUGGGUUAUGUAAGAUAGGAGAAACUGAAAAAGCCAUAGAGUUGUUGAGACAGAACAUCACCCCUUGUGUUGUCACAUAUCAUAAUCUAAUCUAUGGUUAUUGCAUCGUUGGUCAAUUUAAACAAGCAAUUGCCUUGUUUAGAAAAUUGGAGGCAUUAAAAUACAUGGAUCCAAGUGUUUAUGUUCCUACUGAAAGAGAGGUGAAAGCUGCUAAAAGUACAACUGCUCUUAUGAUAAAAGGUGGUGUCAAACCUAUUGUUGCUGGUUAUCACUCGGUGAUUGGUGAACCAUACAAAGGAGAAGGACAAAUCGAUAAGAUUGCACAAUUGGUGGAAACAUUGCGACGUUACAAAUUAAACUUUGCCGGUACAAUUCGACUCCGAUUAAUUAUGGUUAUGAUUAUACCAAAGAGACUAUUUAAUGUGGGCUUGUUCAACUAA